AUGGGGAUGUUUGAAGAUUUCCGGUUCUCAUUGCUUGGUGGUUUUGCUCUUUCCUUACUUUUGGUUCUUGCCCAGGAUCAAACAGCUUGCGGACUGCCGGAGAAUUCGAGCUAUAGUGACCCGACGACCGAUAUAUACUACAUUUCGGAUGCCAGCUUUGUAAGCACCGGCGCAAUUAUGAGUGUAUCGCCUGAAUUCAGAACAAAUGAAGUUCGUCAACAGCUAUGGAACGUCAGAAGCUUUCCUGAUGGAGACAGAAACUGCUACUACAUUAGACAUACAGCAGGCGUGAGGUACUUGAUCCGAGGGACUUUCAUGUACGGGAACUACGAUGCCAAAGGUGAAUUACCUGUGUUCGAUCUGCAUAUUGGACCUAAUAAGUGCGAUUCCUUGAAAUUUGAGAGUGCGUCCGCUGUUAUCUACAAGGAGAUCAUACAUGUCCCAUCAUCGAGUUACAUCCAUGUUUGCCUCCUCAACACGGACUCUGGAACGCCGUUCAUCUCCGCAUUAGAACUAAGGCCUUUGAGAAAUAACACUUAUGUGUCUGAAUCGGGUAAUUCGUUGGCACUCGUUGCACGGGCAGAUACCGGUGCAACUGGAAGCCAAAUAUUCAGGUACAAGGACGACAAAUUUGAUCGGAUUUGGUCUACCGAGAGCUUCAGUGUGUGGACAUCGUUAAGCACGCCGCUCAUUGUCAAUGCCGGUCAGAAUCCUUACGAACCGCCAUCGGUUGUCAUGAGCACUGCUGCGACGACAAAAGAUGCAAAUACUUCGUUGAAUUUCUACUGGGACGUCCCUCCUAACGACAACUCUGGAUAUUAUAUCUACAUGCACUUUGCUGAGGUUGAAGAACUCAAAGCCAACCAAUACAGAGCAUUCAACGUCAACUUAAAUGGAAACUUUUGGUACGGACCUGUUGUUCCCGAUUAUCUAUACGAUUUUACUGUGUACAGCCAAUCCGCCCUGACAGGAGGAAGAUUUAAUUUCUCACUCACAAGAACUGAAAACUCUACUCUCCCACCAAUCAUCAACGCCGUUGAGAUUUAUAAAGUUAUACAACUCCUACAAACUGAGACAGGCCAGGAAGAUGUUGAUGCAAUUAUCAACACCAAGUUAAUAUAUGGAGUGACAAGAAACUGGCAAGGAGAUCCGUGUUUUCCUCAAGCGUACAUGUGGAAUUAA